AUGAUCCUAGAUAUACUCGGGGUUCGGUAUGAAAUCAUCGAAGCCUCCAACCGUCAUGGAGGCAGAGCCUACACUCACCAUUUCAAUGCUCCAAAGAUCCCUAACUUUCACAACUAUUAUGAUGUUGGUGCUAUGAGAUUCCCGCGGACUAAGUUUAUGGACUCUGUUUUCGAACUGUUUAGGGUGUUAGGUCUUGAAGAGGAUGGAAAGAUUAUCGAGUACAUCAUGAAUGCGCCAGGCAACAGACGGUUGUUCAAUGGUCAGUGUUCGAAAUCUAGUUGUCAGUACGAAUACCUCACGUUCACGUAUACCAGGCCCAAUGGAAUGGUAUUAGUGGGUGUUGAGGCACUCUUAGCUGACGCUUACGACCCUUUCAAAGAGAAGCUUAUCGAGGAUUUUGAAGAAGGGUGGGAGUACCUGAUGGGAUUCGAUAACUACUCGGCUCGAACAUAUCUAGGUCAAGUCAAAGGUCACCCAUUCAGCGUUAUUACAUGGAUGGAAACUAUGGAUACUUCAACAUUAAGCUAUGACCUAGCUUUCACCGAGACAAUCAUAGAUUCGCUCGACUUCGAUUAUCCUUUCGGCCCCAACGAUCCCCCGGAUGCCACCGUGGAAUGGGCCUGUGUCGAUGGCGGAACCUCGGUAGUAACAGACCGCAUGGCCGAAAUGAUUCGCACGAAACCUCACUAUAACCUCCGGGUGACGGCAAUCGCAAUGGAUAAUCCAGCCUCCGACAACCCAAAUAUGAAAAUCAGCGUCCAAGAUCACCCGGAGUGGGAACGAGAAAGAUACUCCCAUGUUAUUUGUACUGCUCCACUCCCCUGUAUGCGUGUAAUGGACUUGGAACAGGCCGGAUUGGACUACGUCCAAAAGCAAGCGCUCCGCUGCCUAGGAUAUGGCGCUUCUAUCAAGGUUGGAAUAAAGUUCGAGACAAGAUGGUGGGAAAAGGCUUCGCACCCCUUCAUCCUAGGCGGUACUAGUUCUACCGACAGACCCAGCCGAGUUGUGGUUUAUCCAAGUUAUGGAUUUGAUGAUCCGCAGGAUGCCAAUGGAGUCUUGAUCGCUAGUUAUUGCUGGACACAGGAUGCAUUGAGAUUGGGUUCUCUAAUAAAAGGGAAAGGAACAGAUGAAGAGAAUUUACUCUUGGACAUCAUUUAUAAGGAUCUCGCCGAGAUUCACGGUGAGGAUCCACAGUGGUAUAAAGACCAGACGGUAGAUUACCAUGCGUACGAUUGGUACCAUGAUCAGUAUACCAUGGGUGGUAAGGACUCCAUCGCCUUUCAUCGUGAUAGAAUUCUGACAGCAGUAGCAUUUGCCCUCUUCGGCCCGGGACAAUUCAGUAAUAUGUAUCCUGAGCUUACAAAGCCAGCGGCGAAGGGAAAUCUUCAUUUCGUUGGCGAGGCGACCAGCACACAUCACGCUUGGAUUGUUGGAGCAUUGGAGUCUGCUCAUAGGGGUAUUUAUGAAAUACUCUUCAAAGAGCAAAGAACCGACCUAAUAAAGAACCACGCUGAAAAUUGGAAGCAAGGGGAGGUGAAGCAAGGAAGACAAGCGGAGGGGCAAUGGGGGGGUGGAAUUUUUGGGGUUUAG